AUGUUGCGAACUUCCACAGUGAAGGCGUCUUCGACCACCGCCGUCUUUCUCCGCCGCUCUCCAUAUGCCUGCAACAACAUCCGGUCGUUUUCUGCCGUCGCGACGUCGAAACACUCCAAUGCCCUGUCAAGGAGUAGCUCGAGGUUGAAUCUGACCUCGAGGAGACCGUUGGCGGUUGUUGGAUGCCAGCAGACGAGCAAGCGGAACCAAAAGAGACGUUAUGCUGUUGCGGCUGAGGGGACAACUAAGGGUGUGGAUCCCAGUGAUUCUUUCCUCCAAGGGAACACGGCAAACUACAUUGAUGAGAUGUAUAUAGCUUGGAAAAAGGAACCCUCAAGUGUACACGUCUCAUGGCAAACCUACUUCCGCAACAUGGAAGACGGCAAUAUGCCCAUUUCCCAGGCUUUCCAACCACCCCCCACUCUCGUUCCAACCCCCACCGGCGGCGUUCCUCAACACAUGCCCGACGCUGGAGCUACAAAUGCAGCUGGCACUGAAGUCUCGAACCACUUGAAAGUCCAGUUGCUGGUGCGCGCAUACCAGGCCCGCGGACACCACAAAGCCAAGAUUGACCCUCUGGGAAUUCGUGGCGAGGCUGAGGCUUUCGGGUAUAACAAACCCAGGGAACUGCAGCUGAGCCAUUAUGGUUUCACCGAGGCCGAUCUAGAUGAGGAAUUCGCUCUUGGACCAGGCAUUCUGCCACGUUUCGAGACUGAGACGCGGAAAAAGAUGACUCUGAGAGAAAUUAUUGCUGCUUGUGAGAAGGUUUACUGCGGGUCCUAUGGUAUCGAGUAUAUCCAUAUCCCGGACCGCGUGCCUUGCGACUGGAUCCGCGACCGUGUCGAGAUCCCCCAACCUUACAAAUACUCAGUUGACGAAAAACGUCGCAUUCUCGACCGUCUGAUUUGGAGUUCUAGUUUUGAAGCUUUCUUGGCCACUAAGUUUCCCAACGAUAAGCGGUUCGGUCUGGAAGGUUGCGAAACGCUGGUUCCUGGAAUGAAAGCCUUGAUUGACCGCAGCGUUGACUAUGGCGUCAAGGAUAUCGUCAUCGGUAUGCCGCAUCGUGGCCGUCUUAAUGUGCUCAGUAACGUUGUUCGGAAACCAAACGAAUCAAUCUUCAGCGAGUUCAGCGGUACUGUAGAACCUUCUGAUGAAGGAUCUGGAGAUGUCAAGUACCAUCUUGGCAUGAACUUUGAGCGCCCAACCCCUUCAGGAAAGCGUGUGCAGCUCUCACUUGUCGCUAACCCGUCGCAUCUGGAAGCUGAGGACCCUGUUGUUCUUGGGAAGACUCGAGCCAUUCAGCACUAUAAUAAUGACGAGAAGGAAUUCAACACCGCUAUGGGCGUGUUGCUGCACGGUGAUGCCGCAUUUGCUGCUCAGGGUGUUGUUUAUGAGACCAUGGGCUUCCACUCGCUACCCGCUUACUCCACGGGAGGUACGAUUCAUAUCAUCGUGAACAACCAGAUCGGUUUCACCACUGAUCCCCGCUUUGCUCGCUCCACUCCUUACUGUUCCGAUAUCGCCAAGGCAAUCGAUGCGCCAGUCUUCCACGUCAAUGGCGAUGAUGUUGAAGCGCUCAACUACGUCUGCCAGAUGGCUGCUGACUGGCGUGCUACUUUCAAGCGUGAUGUUGUCAUCGAUAUUGUCUGCUACCGGAAACAGGGCCACAAUGAAACCGACCAACCCGCCUUCACCCAACCGUUAAUGUACAAGCGCAUCGCAGAGCAGACCAACCAACUGGACAAAUACGUAGACAAGCUGAUCAAGGAAAAGACCUUCACCCAUGAGGACAUCGAGGAGCACAAAAAGUGGGUCUGGGGCAUGCUCAACGAUAGCUUUGACCGCAGCAAGGACUACCAACCCUCGAGCAAGGAGUGGCUCACCUCCGCCUGGAACGGAUUCAAAUCCCCCAAGGAGCUCGCCACGGAGGUCCUGCCGCACCCACCCACCGGCGUUCCCGCAGACACCCUGAAGAAAAUCGGUGAUGUCCUUGGCAAUGUCCCCGAGAACUUCACUGUGCAUCGCAACUUAAAGCGGAUCCUUGCGAAUCGGAAGAAGACUGUGGAGGAAGGUGAGAAUAUUGAUUGGUCGACCGCUGAGGCGCUUGCGUUUGGCACUCUGUGCGCGGAGGGGCAUCAUGUUCGUGUCUCUGGGCAGGAUGUGGAGCGUGGUACAUUCUCACAGCGCCAUGCUGUCUUGCACGACCAGGAGAAUGAGACUACGUACACGUCAUUGCAACAUAUUAGUCCUGACCAGGGGAAGUUUGUCAUUUCGAAUUCUUCGCUUAGCGAGUUUGGCGCCCUGGGCUUCGAAUACGGCUACUCUCUAACCUCCCCCGACGCCUUCGUGAUGUGGGAAGCUCAAUUCGGCGACUUCGCCAACAACGCGCAGUGCAUCAUCGACCAAUUCAUCGCAUCUGGUGAAACGAAGUGGCUCCAACGGUCUGGCCUUGUCAUGUCGCUACCACACGGUUAUGAUGGACAGGGUCCCGAACAUUCUUCUGCAAGAAUAGAACGUUAUCUUCAGCUGUGCAACGAGGAUCCGCGGGUUUUCCCACCUCCCGAUCGGAUCGACCGACAGCACCAGGACUGCAAUAUGCAGAUUGCCUAUAUGACUACGCCGUCCAAUUUGUUCCAUGUCAUGCGCAGACAGAUGAAUCGGCAGUUCCGAAAACCCCUCAUAAUCUUCUUCUCCAAAUCCCUCCUCCGCCACCCCCUUUGCCGCUCCCCCCUCUCCUCCUUCAUCGGCGACUCGCACUUCCAAUGGAUAAUCCCAGACCCAGAACACGCAACCGGCGCCAUAAACUCUCCAAAAUCCAUCGAGCGCGUAAUCCUCUGCUCAGGCCAAGUGUAUGCAGCCCUCCACAAGCACCGCGCCGCCAACGAGAGCCUCAAGAAUACCGCCAUAACCCGCAUCGAGCAGAUGCACCCGUUCCCCUGGCAGAUGCUCAAGGAGAAUCUGGACGGGUAUCCCAAUGCGAAAAAUAUUGUGUGGUGCCAGGAGGAGCCGCUGAAUGCGGGGGCGUGGAGUUAUAUGCAGCCGAGGAUUGAGACGUUGUUGAAUGAGACGAAGCAUCAUAAUCGGAGACAUGUGUUGUAUGCGGGUAGGAAUCCGAGUGCGAGUGUUGCGACGGGGAAUAAGGGGAGUCAUCUUAAGGAGGAGGAGGAGUUGUUGACGGAUGCGUUUGAGGUAAGGCAGGAGAGGUUGAAGGGGGAGUAG